ACCAUAUAUAUAUAUAUAGAUUUCAUUACCUCUUCAAUUCUUAACUCUACGAGCUAGUGUCUCUUAAUUACUACAGCCUCCCUCCAAAUGAGAAUUUCCUUCUUUUCAUGGCUCUUCUUGGUGCCCAUCUGCUGCACACUUUUCCUCAACUUCUCUACCGUCUUUGCGGUGUCUCACCAAUGUUUGGGCAAUCAGCAGUUGUUGUUGCUCGAAUUGAAGAAUACCCUUAUAUUCAAUUCUACUUUGUCCACAAAACUUGCUAAGUGGAACCAAAGUGUCGAUUGUUGUUCUUGGGAAGGCGUAACCUGCAACGAGGGACGUGUUAUUGGUCUCGACCUGUCCUUUGAAUACAUCUCGGGUGGACUUGGCAAUUCAAGCAGCCUCUUCAGUUUUAAGCACCUCCAAAGCUUGAGUUUGGCUUAUAAUGACUUCAACAAUUCUCAUAUUCCACCACAGUUUGGCAAGUUGGUGAAUUUGAGUUAUUUGAAUCUCGCAUAUGCUGGCUUUGCAGGGCAGAUUCCUCUUGCGAUUUCGCGCUUGACAAGGUUGGUCACUCUUGAUUUAUCUACGACCUAUUAUUACAUCUAUCAACUGAAACUUGAGAAUCCAAAUUUAAAUGUGCUCGUUCAGAAACUUUCGGAGCUUAUUGAACUUUAUCUUGAUGGUGUAUUUAUAUCAGCACAAGGUAAUGAGUGGGGUCAAGCUUUAUCAUCUUCACUUCCAAAUUUGAGAGUGCUGAGCUUGUCAGAGUGCAAUCUUUCAGGCCCUAUUGAUUCCUCCUUACAAAAUCUUCAGUCCCUCUCAAUUAUUGAUUUGUCUGGGAACAAUUUAUCUGCUCCAGUUCCAGAUUUUUUUGCAGAUUUCAAAAAUUUGACAUCCUUGGAUUUCAGUUAUUGUUACCUGAAUGGAAAAUUUCCUGAAAAGAUCUUCCAGGUUCCAACGCUACAAACGCUUGAGUUGUUCGAUAACCCUCGACUUGAAGUUUCUUUCCCUGAAUUUCCUCCAAAUGGAUCUCUUCAAACCAUGGAACUUAGCUAUACAUAUUUUUCUUCGUCAUUUCCACCUUCUAUCGGUAAACUUAAAAUGUUGUCAAGAAUAGAUUUUGUGGGAUGCAAUUUCCACGGAUCAAUUCCAGACUCAAUUUUGAGCCUCACACAAUUAGUCAGUUUGGACUUGUCAGACAACAAUUUCAAUGGAUCAAUUCCAGACUCAAUUGCAAGCCUCACACAAUUGGCCUAUUUGGACUUGUCAUACAACAAUUUCAACGGAUCAAUUCCAGACUCAAUUGCGAGCCUCACACAAUUGGUCAAUUUGCGCUUGUCACGCAACAAUUUCAAAGGAUCAAUUCCAGACUCAAUUGCAAGCCUCACACAAUUGGCCUAUUUGGACUUGUCAUACAACAAUUUCAACGGAUCAAUUCCAGACUCAAUUGCAAGCCUCACACAAUUGGUCUAUUUGGAGUUGUCAUACAACAGUUUCACCGGAUCAAUUCCAGGCUCAAUUGCAAGCCUCACACAAUUGGUCUAUUUGCACUUGUCAGGCAACAAUUUCAACGGAUCAAUUCCAAAUUUUGGGAUGUUCAAGAAUCUGACUUCCUUACGGCUUGAUAAUAAUCAUCUGUCUGGUCAAAUUAACUCCACUCAGUGGGAAGAACUUUUGAAUCUGGAUUUUGUUGACUUGAGCGGCAAUUCAUUGAAUGGGAAUAUUCCAGUUUCUCUACUUUCCCUUCCAUCAUUGCAAGAGUUAGAUCUUUCACACAACCAAUUUUCUGGCUCCUUGGACCUUAGUGUUUUUCAAAAGUUUGAAAGUCAUUUAAUGCUUGAUCUUUCAUACAACAACUUGUUGGUUGAACUUAAUGGUUUUAACAUUUCGUUAACCUCAUUCCGCCAAUUUUACCACUUAGGGUUGGCUUCUUGCAAGUUGAAAGUAUUUCCUGAUUUCUUGAGAAACCAAUCCAGAUUAGACUAUCUAGACCUUUCAAACAACCAGAUCUAUGGAGAGAUACCAGCAAGCAUCAGUCAAUCCCUUGCCAACACUUUCUUCUUGUCUCUUUCAAGUAAUAAAUUAUAUGGGAGCAUCCCUAGAUCAAUAUGCAAAGCUACAAAUCUUCAACUUCUAGAUCUGUCUAAUAAUUCCUUUAGUGGCACAAUUCCCCAAUGCUUGAUUAAGAUGAGCCGUAUACUUGGGGUGCUGAAUCUAAGGACAAACAACCUCAAUGGCACAAUUCCUGAUGCAUUUCCAAAUAAUUGUGGUUUACAUACUUUAUAUCUCAAUAAAAACCAACUAGAAGGGGGGCUACCAAAAUCUUUGGCCAAUUGCAAAUGGUUGGAGGUCUUGGACAUUGGGAACAACCACAUCAAGGGUACCUUCCCAUUUUACUUGAAGAACACAUCCAUGUUGAGGGUUCUUGUUUUGCGAUCUAACAAAUUUUACGGGUCCAUUACUCAUCCAGAGCCUAAUGCCACCUGGCCAAUGCUUCAAAUUAUAGAUGUGGCUUCAAACAAUUUUACUGGUAACCUUCCAAUAACACUUCUUUUGACUUGGAUGGCAAUGAUGAAUCGUUCACAAGAGGCCCAAUCAAGGCUAAGUUACCUUGAAACCCAAGUGGCUGGAAUUUAUUAUCGAGAUAUGAUAACAGUUACUAUCAAAGGUUUAAUGGUGGAGUUGAAGAAUAUCCUAGAAAUCUUCACCACUAUUGACUUUUCUUGCAAUGGUUUUGAUGGUCCAAUACCUAAAGAAAUGGGAGAACUCAAAGUGCUUCAUAUUCUCAACUUGUCGCAUAAUGCUUUCACGGGCCAAAUUCCAUUAUCUUUGGGGAAAUUGACAAAUCUUGAGUCACUAGACCUGUCAAGCAACAAGCUUUCUGGUAAGAUUCCUAUGCAAAUUGCCGAUGGUCUUAUUUUCCUAUCAGUUCUCAACCUUUCCUUUAAUCAGUUGGAGGGAAAAAUUCCAUUCAUCAAGCAAUUUGCCACAUUUUUGGAAACUUCCUUUGAAGGGAAUGAAAGAUUAUGUGGCAUCCCUUUAAAAUCACACUGCACAUAUGAGGAGCCGCAAUUGUCACCUCCAACAUAUGAAGAAAAACAUUGGAAUUCUGGAAUUGUGAUAGAGUGGAAUUACAUAAGUAUUGAAUUGGGAUUUAUUUUUGGCAUUGGAAUUAUCAUUGGGCCGCUUAUGUUUUGGAAGAGGUGGAGGAUAUGGUAUUACAAACAUGUUGACCACAUUCUUUCCAGGAUCUUCCCUCGAUUAUAUCUUGGAAAAGAAUACCAUAAAAAUUGCAGACACAGAAAUCAGAGGCGGAGGCACUAGUCAUAGUUAUGCAGCACAAUACCUCCAGGUUUAUCAUUAUUAAUUCUAGUCGUUUUGGUUUCGGUAUUAAGCAAAAAAAAAAAAAUCCAUGUAAUUCGAUGCAAGUAUUGUCUUAUGGUAUGAUAUUUUGUAAUUGGCAAACUAUAUUACUCAACUAUGCACUUGUUUGAUAUUAUUUUUUU